ACCACAACUUUGUUUGACCUUCUUGUAUCUUUUCUCUCUUUCCUUUCUUCUUCAAUUUUGCUGAGAUUUUAGAGAAAAGUUUUCUAUUAAUUUAUUUUUAUUGUAGAGGUAUAAUAUUACAAGUUUAAUUUCCCUAGUGUGUCUUUACCUUUUGCCUUGUCUCCCUCACGAGACAAAAAAGAGAAAGACAAACACUUUCUGUCUUUCUUUUCUUCCUCUCUCUCUCUUGCUCCGACCCCUUUCAAAAUUUGUAGCUAAUUAUGGCCUUAGAGGCUGUUGUUUACCCACAAGAUCCAUUCUCCUACAUAUCUUACAAAGAUUAUCAGUUUCACGACUUAUACUUUCAACAAGAAGAAGAUCGAGAUCCACUAGAAACCAAGAACAACGUUAAGCUAGGGCAAGAACAAAGACAAGGGUUUGAGAGUAUUUAUUAUAACGGCAACAGCGGAGAUAACAAUGAUGAUUAUAACUACAACGAUCACAAGGAUCUUCAAAGGCCACGGGACGACCUUCCUUAUGGAUCUAUCGUCGAUACGGAGAACCAGCCUCCAACGUCUGUUUUAGCGACGGGAGAAGGGAGGAGAAAGAGGAGGAGGACGAAGAGUAGCAAGAACAAGGAAGAGAUCGAGAACCAAAGGAUGACUCACAUCGCCGUCGAGAGAAACCGUCGGAAACAAAUGAACGAGUACCUCGCCGUUCUCCGUUCUCUCAUGCCACCUUCUUAUGCUCAAAGGGGAGAUCAAGCGUCAGUAGUAGGCGGAGCCAUUAACUACUUAAAGGAGCUUGAGCAUCAUUUACAAUCAAUGGAUCCUACGGUAAGCACCCCUGCCACAAAACAGGCUGGUGACGGCGCCGGUGACCAGAUGAACACGAUUGCCGCCAGCUCAUCUGGACCGUUCUCAGAUUUCUUCGCAUUUCCUCAAUACUCGAGAAGGCCUUCCUCGUCGUCUGUGGCUGAGGGAACGGCGGAGAUAGAGGUGACGAUGGUGGAGAGCCAUGCGAAUGUGAAGAUACUUGCGAAGAAGAGACCAAAACAGCUUCUUAAACUGGUGGCAUCGAUUCAGAGCCUAAGGCUUACUGUUCUUCAUCUCAAUGUUACCACUCGUGACGACUCCGUCCUCUAUUCCAUCAGUUUAAAGUUUUGGUGGUCACAGUGACAGAGCUGUGGAUGCACUGUGCACGGCAGAACGAAAUGACGCCACUAGUUUCCGGACACAUUCAUAAGCCUCUUCCUCGAAAUAUAUACAUUUUCUUUUAUUAUUUUUUCACUUUACCUUUUUUAACUGUAUCAACUCUUUUCAUGUAAUUUAUACUUGAAGUUUACUUUAAUUCUUUCUAAUUGAAAAUGGGUUGAUUCAGGUUGAAGAAGGGAGCCAAUUGAAUACAGUGGAAGAUAUUGCAGCAGCUGUGAAUCAAAUCCUAAGGAGGAUCGAAGAAGAUUCAUCCUUUAGCUAAUAUAGUUGAACUUUAGUAUGACACAUUUAGAGGAACUCUAAGUUUUCAUGUGUUAUCUUUUACUCGUUUCAUAUUAAAAUAAAAUAAAAAUAAGUAACUUUUCAUUGGUC